AUGACGCCCCCACGCAAGAAGCAAAGAUUGUCUUUGGACGCUGCAGAGGUCAAGGUCGCAGUCGAAACCGCCACCGAGGCUGCCGUCGAGAGCAAUGCUGUCACCAAAGUUUCUGACAAGGAAAGCGAAAUCGAAGCCGCUGCUCAGCGCCGCUCGCUCUUUGUCCGUUCGCUCCCUGAGUCUGCCACCUCCGAGUCCCUGACCGAGAUCUUCUCCGCUUCCUUCCCCAUCAAACACGCCGUCGCCGUUACCGACAAGGAGUCAAAGAAGUGCAAGGGCUAUGAGUUCAACGGCUUCGCUAAGGGUGCCGCUGCUGUUCAAUCGGCUGGCGAGAAGUUCAGAGAGGGCCAAGCCAAGGAGAGGGCUGCUGCUCAGGUUCCAAGAUUGAUUGUUCGCAACCUUCCCUGGAGCAUCAAGUACCCCGAUCAACUGGCCAAGCUGUUCCAAAGCUACGGAAAGGUCAAGCACACCGUCCUUCCUAAGGGCAAGACUGGACUCCUUCGCGGUUUUGGUUUUGUCAUCAUGCAGAUUGAUGGAAGACAAUUGGCUGUUGACUGGGCUGUUGACAAGGAGACCUGGGACAACACUGUUCAGGAGGAGACCAAAGAGACGGAUGAAACUAUGGAAGACGCUACCGAGGACGAUGCCGCCGACGGUGCCAACGAACACAUCAUGGACGAGGACGUUGACGAGUCUGGUUCUGAGGAUGAAGACGAAGAUGAGGACAUGGACGACAUGGAUGAUGAGGAUGAGGAGGAUGCGAAGCCCAGAACAGAGGACAACUCAUCCACCCUUUUCAUUCGUAACCUGCCUUUCUCGUGCACCGACGAGGAUCUCGAAGACCACUUUACCCAAUUCGGCGCAGUCCGCUAUGCAAGAAUUGUCGUCGACCACGAGACCGAGCGCCCCAGAGGUACUGGUUUCGUCUGCUUCUACGAGCUUGAAGACGCCGACAAUGUUCUCAAGAAUGCACCUAGACACCAGCCUCCCCGCUUGAACGACCCCAAAGCCAAGGACGGUUCUAUCCAAAUGACACACUCGGUUCUCCAAAACGAAGACGCCGAUCCCACUGGAAAGUUUACCCUGGACGGACGCGUUCUGCAGGUAUCCCGUGCCGUCAACAAGAACGAAGCCAAUCGCCUGACCGAGGAGGGCGCUGCCAACCGCUUCAAGCGUGACACAGACAGAAGACGUCUAUACUUGCUGUCUGAGGGAACCAUUCCUUCCAACUCACCUCUGUAUGAGCAGCUCCCUCCUUCAGAGAGAACCAUGAGAGAAGCCAGUGCCAAACAGAGAAAGACCCUCAUCGAGAGCAACCCUUCUUUGCACUUGAGUCUGACCCGUCUUUCAGUUCGUAACAUUCCCAGAUCCAUCACAUCAAAAGACUUGAAGCAGCUUGCUAGAGAGGGUGUUGUUGGUUUCGCUACUGAUGUCAAGGAGGGCAAGCGCCAACGUCUCAGCAGAGAAGAGAUCAGCAGAGGUGGUGAAGAGGAGGCAAAGGCCGAGGCCGAUCGCAAGAAGCGUGCCAAGGGUAUUGUCAAGCAAGCAAAAAUCGUCUUCGAAGGUCGCGAGGGCGCUAAAGUGGACGAGAAGAGCGGCGCAGGCCGCAGUCGUGGAUACGGUUUCAUCGAGUACUACACACAUCGUUCAGCAUUGAUGGGUCUGCGCUGGUUGAACGGUCAUGCCAUCGGCUACCAAGCACAAGAACAGAAGGGCAAGGGCAAGAUGUCGCAAGAGAUGAUUGCCGAGCGCAAGAAGAGAUUGAUCGUCGAGUUCGCCAUUGAGAACGCACAAGUCGUCAAGCGAAGGAAGGAGAUCGAGGAAAAGUCUCGCGAGCGUUCAUACGCUGCUACCGCUCCUACCGCUGACGGCAAAAGACAGCCUUCGGGUCGUGACACCAAGUCUGGCGCUGGUGACCGCGGCAAAGGAGGCAAGUUCGAUCGCAAGCGCAAGCGAGAUGGAAAGGACGAGGCUCCUGUCGAUGAGGAGAAGAACAAGAAGGCUCCUGCCGAUGAGAAGUUGGCGAAGCGUCAGCAAAUCAUUCAGAAGAAGCGUAUGGCUCGCCGUGCCCGCAAGCAGGGAGGGGCAUAA